AAGAAGUCGUUCUGAUUUCGUCUUUCUUCUCUGUAAAGUCGUUUCUCUCUCCAAUUUUUUUGUUUUCCUGCGAAAAUCAAAGAGACUAACACAGAGAGCUUAUUCAAUUUUCUUUCGAUCUGUGAAAUCUCAGAUUUUGAUUUGGAAAGUUGUGGAGAUUUCAGCUGUUCUUCUUUGUUGUUGGGUCUAUUUCUGGGUUUCUUCGAGCUGAUUUAUAGAGUUUGGUUCUCCGAUGAUAGAGCUAAUCUGCUUGAGAUAGCUACUGUAUUGAGAGUUCUUCUGAGGAUCUUUAUUUUUCUUUACAUCUUGUGAGGAAAAUGUCUGCGAAGAUCAAAGGAGAGUAUUCUUCUAGAAGCUUCGUAUCGAGAAAAUGGACGAUAUUACUCUGCUUAGGAAGCUUCUGCGUCGGAAUGUUCUUCACCAAUCGGAUGUGGAAUAUUCCGGAAUCUAAAGGCAUGUCUCAUCCAUCUGUAACCGAAGCUGAGAGAUUGAAGCUGGUCUCUGAAGGCUGCAAUCCAAAAGCUCUUUACCAGAAAGAAGUCAAAAGAGAUCCUCAGGCUUUGUUUGGAGAAGUAGCCAAUACACAUAUUGCAUUACAGACAUUGGAUAAGACCAUUUCAAGCUUAGAGAUGGAGUUAGCUGCAGCAAGGUCAGUUCAGGAAUCUUUACAAAACGGUGCUCCUUUAUCAGAUGAUAUGGGGAAGAAGCAACCUCAGGAACAGAGACGGUUUUUGAUGGUCGUUGGGAUUAAUACAGCUUUUAGUAGCAGAAAGAGAAGAGAUUCUAUUCGAGCAACUUGGAUGCCUCAAGGUGAAAAAAGGAAGAGACUAGAAGAGGAGAAGGGGAUUAUCAUCCGGUUUGUCAUUGGUCACAGUGCCACGACCGGGGGAAUUCUAGAUCGAGCUAUAGAAGCUGAGGACAGGAAGCAUGGAGAUUUCUUGAGACUGGACCAUGUUGAAGGGUACCUAGAGUUGUCAGGCAAGACGAAAACUUACUUUUCUACAGCAUUUUCGAUGUGGGAUGCAGAUUUCUAUGUCAAAGUAGAUGAUGAUGUUCAUGUCAAUAUAGCAACUCUUGGGGAAACUCUUGUUAGACACCGGAAAAAACCACGGGUCUAUAUUGGUUGCAUGAAAUCUGGCCCUGUCCUCUCUCAAAAAGGGGUGAGGUACCAUGAGCCAGAGUACUGGAAGUUUGGUGAAAAUGGGAACAAAUACUUCCGUCAUGCUACUGGACAGUUAUACGCCAUUUCAAGGGACUUGGCUUCUUAUAUAUCAAUCAAUCAGCAUGUUCUUCACAAGUAUGCGAACGAAGAUGUUUCGCUAGGAGCUUGGUUUAUCGGGAUUGAUGUUAAACACAUUGAUGAUAGAAGAUUAUGCUGCGGAACUCCUCCUGGUAAGUCUUAAGCUCUUUUCAUCUCCUGCUUGCUGUGAUACCUUUUAAGAUGCUUCAAAAAUCAAUGUACAUAUUUUGAUUACUUAGACAGAAAAAACGUCAACAUCUUUGGUGUUGGGGACCUAACUACAAUAAUAUCUGCUUUAAAGCAAAAGGCUUAAAAAUGAAGAGACCUUAACCUAUCUAAAGAGAUGACUCGUCCCUAUCAAAAUCUCUACUGAUACAAAGUCUUACCAAGAACCUAAAUGAUUUAAGUUUGACAAUAACAUCAAAUCUUUCAACCUGAAACAUACUGAAAAUAUGUUAAAAGAUUCAGUUUUGGUAUUUGCAGAUUGCGAAUGGAAAGCACAAGCUGGAAACAUCUGUGUAGCAUCAUUCGACUGGAGCUGCAGCGGAAUCUGCAGAUCCGCAGAUCGCAUCAAAGAGGUUCAUAGACGUUGCGGUGAAGGUGAAAAGGCUCUUUGGAGUGCCACGUUUUGACAUAUAAACAGAGGAAUGGUAAAAACAUAACGGUUUUGCUCAGCCCCCAAAAACAGCUCAAAGAUCAGAGGAAGGUCGUCCAGAUAUACAAUUCCAAGAGAUAUCCACUUUUGUAUUCAUAGGUACAUAGAAUAGAAGAGGCAGGAAGGAUUAGAGAUAAGUGUGAAAACCUCUGGCAAGAAUCGCAAUUGCGUAUUGUGAUUGUGGCGUUUCCAUUUUGGUAUAAGGAAACUGAACACUACAGUGAACACCCCUGCUGCUUUGUUCGUUUUGGGUGGCUUGAAAAUGAAGCAACUUGUGGAUUUUUACAUCAAAUACAAAACACUAUGCCCUGAUUCUUUUGGAUCCA